CAACGCGGCUGCAAAUGUACGCGCAUUUCUUGUCGCACCUCCGCUGAGCCAGUACGGUCAAAUGUUUGUGAACAGUGUCGAAGUUAUUAGUUCGAAGUUGAAUAAUAUCAAUUUGGAUUAUAAUAUCAAUUUGGAUCGAAGCAAUAUGCAUCCAAAGGAAACGCACGUCUGUGGGAAAAACCAGCUGCCUCUCCUGAACAUUACGCCUUCAAACACCAGUCAGAAGGGGUCAGAAGGUAGUUCCUCCGUCAACAACCCCUACCUACUGAAACCGAACCACGUCAUCCCCGCAACACCACCACCACAGAUAGAACGAAAAUCUGACAACGUAUUCCUUCAAAGAAUCGGGUAGCUCG